GUUUCGAUGCUUCUUUCACCGCUGAAGCACUCAAAAUGCCAACGUUGACUGGUUUUUUCAGCGGUUUUUUCUAAGGCCCUUCGAAAUUUGUCCGUUUUUGUGGCCCGCGAAAAUUGACAUCCAGUGCUGCGCCUACCAGAUAGCUAUGUCCUUAUUUUAGUAUACGACGAAGAAGCACCCACCACGAAGCGAUGAGCGUACGGCCUCUAACCUUUGGUGGAAGGUGUGCUGCCGUUAUCCUGUUGCGACUGUUACAAUAUGAGUGAUGAAGAGUGGAGCAGCUGCUCGCGCUGUGCCGAGUACCAAGGCACGGUCCCUCUCAAACAGACAUGGAUCUCAUGCGACAUAUGCUCAAAGUGGUACCAUGCUCACUGUCUCUCUCUGACAAGACAUGACAUCUCGAGGAUAAAGGAGUACCAUUGUCCGGAGUGUGCUGCUGAGCAUGGUGGGACGGUGUGGAUGAGAAGCUCUGGCAGAAAGAGGAACAAGGUGGACUACAAGGCGCUAGAUGAGGGUGAUGUUGACGAUGCGAUAAUACAGACAGAACACCCGCAUAUUGCAGCGUUCAAAGAGUGGGCGGGUGAUGGUACCAUUGACGAGCUGGCGGGAGAUGAAUUGACAUUGGAGUAUGCACUCAGGACACGGAUACCGAAGCCUGUAAAGAUUCCGAGUGCCAGGACGCAAGGGCUGGGGUUCACGAUUCCAAAAUUUGACGUUGAUGACCUUGUAAGCAGUAUGGGCGAGGACCAUUACAUGGAGGUUAUGGAUGUGUUGACGCAGAAUGGCUCGAGGGAUAAAUGGCAAUUGGGUAAAUGGAGAGACUAUUUCAAGUCCUCUGAAGAGGCGAGGGAAAGAAUCUUCAACGUGCUAUCGUUGGAGAUUUCAAACUGUUCUGUUGGUGAAGCCAUAAAGAGACCCACAUACGUGGAACAAGUUGACCUCGUGGAUAAACUAUGGCCAGAUGAGCUUUCUGGGAAGCCAAUUGUCCAGAAGUAUUGUUUAAUGGGCGUGA